GUAUACCGCUUCUUCUUUCGUCUGUGGUCUGUCUUGAUUCUUAAUUUAAAACAGCCUGGACCAGUGCACGAAAACAAAAGCUACAGUGGACUAGCCAGAAUAAGCUGUGUAAGAUUGUAUUUCCCCCUUUGCGUGAUGGAGAAUGUGUCGGUUUACCAUGGAAAAAUCAGCCGCGAAACGGGGGAGAAGCUCUUGUGUGAAGUUGGUAAAGAUGGAAGCUACUUACUACGAGACAGUGAGACAGUACCGGGCAUGUACUGUCUCUGUGUUCUGCACAAGGAUUUAAUAUAUACCUACAGAGUUCAUCAAACAACAACUGGUUCAUGGACAGCAGAAGCUGCCCCAGGUGUACCACGAAGAAUGUUCAGAAAAGUACAGAAUCUGAUUUCUGCAUAUCAAAAACCAGAUCAGGGGAUUGCCACUCCCCUCCAGUACCCAGUAGAAAGGAAUACACCAAACAUAUCACAAGGAUAACUGACUGGCAAGAAUUAAUAUCUUGAUUAAUCAAAGAAGAUGUUCAUUGAAGUUCUUCUCUUUCCCCAAAUUUCCAUGAAAACGUUAUUCUGCAUGAAAAUCUAAUAACACAAGUUUUAAAGUUAAAACAGAUUAUAUAAUUUUUAGUGUAUUUAUGAGUAAGAUCAGUUGUGAACUUACAUUUCUCCUAUAUGACAAUUGGCACAACAUGUUUCUGCUUUGUAAAUAUUUCAGAGCUUUCUUUAAAAUGUUAAAUAUUACUGUGAAUUAUUUGCUGCUCUGUUAUCUGUCUGUACUACAUCAUCCAUAGCUGUAAGAAAACCGAACAGGCUUUCCCAUAACUAGCUCUUUAGUUGCUAUUUAACAAGAAAGUUCAUGAUCUUUAAGAAUCCAUUGGCUGACUGUGGCUGAGGAUGCUUAAGGCUCAUCAAAACUGUACCUUAACAGCAGCAGAAAAGCUAGUUUUGUGUAUAUAUAUAUAUAUAUGACUUUUAAAGGGACUUUUAAAAGGACUUUUAGGUUGGAGCUAACCAAUUAUAGAGAUAAUGUGUUU